CCGCCCCCCAGCCCCUGGGAGACACUCUCCUUGCAGUGUUUUAGGCUGUUUUGAAAUUCUUUUCUCUAGAGGAAAUUUUUUUCCUUGAUACCAAAGAGCUGCUGCUGCUGGCGUGGCUGGCGCACCGGGGGCCGAGGACAUCGGCGGCACCUCCUGGCUGGUGAAAAUGCGGACUGAUGAUGGCGCGUCUAGGGACGCGGUCUCCCUGGUCUGCAAACUGCACACUCCCUGAAUGACAGCGAAUUAUUCUCCACAGGCUGUUCCUGCGGGAAGUGCCACGCGCGGUCCUUCGGCUUCCUCUGCAAAACCUUGAGAAGGUCUCGGACGCAGAAGAGGAGCGGGGCGCGGCGGUCCGGGGGCGAUUCCAGAGCCCGGGGACUCCGGGCCCCGCCGUGCGCGUCGCCGCGGACGGGCUGUGCCAGCCGCGGGUCCCUGACCCCGCGGGGUCGCAGCCUGAGAGCGGGCGGCGGCGGGGGCGAUGCGGACCCGCGGGAGCGGACUCUGAGCGGCCGAGGCUCCGGCCUGCGCGCCUCCCCGCGGAGCCGGCUCGCUCCCGGCCAGGCAUCGGCGGCCCCGUCGGCGUCCGGGCGGGGCGGGGGCCCCACGUGCAGCCCACCAGCUGCCGCCAGAUGUGCCAGCCCCCCGCGGUGAGCCAGGCCCCCCGGAGAGGCUCCUGCCCGCUCUCGAGCCCCGCUCGUCCUCGCAGCCGGCGGCCUUCGUAAAGGAAGCCCGUUCCCCUCGUCCCCCGCCGCGCGGGACCCCGGCUCCCAAAGCGGGGCUCGACUCGAAGCCCUCGGCAGGAGGUUUGUCCCCGCCCGCUCGCCGUGCCGCGCGGCCCCGGGGGACGGAAGGAGCGCGCGGCUGAGAUGGGCGAGACCAUGUCGAAGAGACUGAAGUUCCAUCUGGGAGGGGAAGCCGAGAUGGAGGAGCGGGCGUUCACCAAUCCCUUCCCGGACUACGAGGCCGCUGCCUCCGCGGUGCUGGCCGCCGGAGCGGCCGAGGAGACGGGCUGUGCUCGCCUCCCGCCCACCACCGACGAGCUUGGCCUCCCUUUUCACAACGACGGAAAGAUCAUUCAUAAUUUCACAAGGCGAAUCCAGACCAAAAUCAAAGAUCUUCUGCAGCAGAUGGAGGAAGGGCUGAAGACAGCCGACCCGCAUGAUUGCUCUGCUUACACUGGUUGGACAGGCAUAGCCCUUUUGUACCUGCAGCUGUACCGGGUCACAUGUGACCAGACCUACCUGCUCCGGUCCCUGGAUUACGUAAAGAGGACACUUCGGAACCUCAAUGGCCGCAGGGUCACUUUCCUCUGCGGAGAUGCCGGACCCCUUGCGGUAGGAGCUGUGGUGUAUCAUAAACUCAAAAGUGAUUGCGAGUCCCAGGAAUGCAUCACAAAACUUCUGCAGCUCCAGAGAAACAUCGUGUGCCGAGAUUCAGACCUCCCUGAUGAGCUGCUUUACGGACGGGCAGGUUACCUGUACGCCUUACUCUACCUGAACACGGAGAUCGGCCCAGGCACUGUGUGCGAGGCGGCUAUUAAAGAGGUCGUCAGUGCUAUUAUUGAGUCGGGCAAGGCUCUGUCGAGGGAGGAGAGGAAGGCGGAGCGCUGCCCGCUGCUGUACCAGUGGCACAGGAAGCAGUACGUCGGGGCGGCCCACGGUGUGGCCGGCAUCUACUACAUGUUGAUGCAGCCAGCAGCAAAAGUGGACCAAGAAACCUUGACAGAAAUGGUGAAACCUAGUAUUGAUUAUGUGCGCCACAAAAGAUUCCGAUCUGGGAAUUACCCGUCGUCAUUAAGCAAUGAAACAGACCGCUUGGUCCACUGGUGUCAUGGCGCCCCGGGUGUCGUCCACAUGCUUGUGCAAGCUUAUAAGGUCUUUAAGGAGGAGAAAUACUUGAAAGAUGCCAUGGAGUGUAGCGAUGUCAUUUGGCAGCGAGGUUUGCUUCGGAAGGGCUAUGGGAUCUGCCACGGGACAGCCGGGAAUGGCUACGCGUUCCUGUCCCUGUACCAUCUCACGCAGGAUAAAAAGUAUCUCUACCGAGCUUGCAAAUUUGCAGAGUGGUGUCUCGAGUACGGAACACACGGGUGCCGCAUUCCUGACAGACCCUACUCUCUCUUUGAAGGCAUGGCAGGCGCGAUCCACUUUCUCUCCGACAUCCUGGCACCAGAGACGUCACGGUUUCCAGCAUUUGAACUUGCUCCUGCGCAGAGGGACAAAAAGAUGUAGAGAGACUACUAAGACACCCGUUUGGACCAAAAGUCAGAUUGCUUGGUGCCUGACUCAGAAGCAACUGCGAAUUCUGAAGAAGGCAAAAAAGAGAGAAGCAGACACCUCCACGGGUCCCCUUUGUUGCAAAGACCCUCAAGUUAGAGCAUGAAUGACAGAAACCGUCCCAUCAGCGUUUUUUAACAGUGUUCCCCUCCCUGGUGUAAAAUACGAAUUCUUCACGUCCAGCCUUCUGUAGAUUUGCAUGUUUCUUGGUGUUUGUUGUCUGUAGGUGUAAGUUGUUCCCAACAGAAAGCCCUUCUCUUUCCGUGAACCCAGAGCUGACUGCACAUGAGAGUAGGGCGGCAGCCGCUUCUCUGUAUAUAUUUCAGGUGAGGUGUCCUCUGUAUUGACAAACAGGGAGUAGUCAGGUGGUGUCUCUUAGAUAUCGGAAAGCCUCUCUAAGGUGAUAUCCUAGUGAUACUUUGUCAGCACUGUCUGUGAGUACCUUUCAGACAAGCAGGAGGGAAAGACCAUUCCAAAAACUGAAAAGAAACAGGACAGAUAAGAGUGGGGUUUUGCUGGAAUGGUUGGGGGUGGGGGUUGAGCCUUUGCACAAGGCAGCUGAACGCUCCCUCUUUGUGUUUUGUGUUCACCCUUAGUGUUUUUAAGAAGCCAGGGGCAUGCAUUGCAGUCUGCUGGGACUCCCUGUUCUCAGCAGAAGCUUCCGGCGCCUGUGUGGGGUUCAGCAGAAGCUUCCAGCGCCUGUGUGGGGUUCCAGCCUCCCCUGUGAAUCCCAGUCCAGAGCAGCCAGUGGCCUGGGCAGUGGACUUCACGAUAUCAGAAGACAUGCAGGGAAGCCUUUCCGUGAGCCUACUGUAUAUCAAGUGGGACUGACUAAGCAUUGGCGAUUCUAGAUUUGGUUUAGGUUAUUAAAACAGACUACACCUCAAUUUUAUCAACAUCAUGACUUAUUAUAAGUUCAGUGGAUACAAUUCCAGAUUCCAGAUCUCCUGAUUUGUUUGUGAUCUCCAAAGUGUGUCUGAAUUUAAAAACCGUAUGUGCGCAAUACCAUUUUAAAAUUUGAAAGAAAAUAAGUUGAUGGCCACAAAAAGUGUGUGGGUUCUUUGGUUUUGUCAGUAAAGACGGUUCUGCGAUGA